CGUCCCCAGGCCUCACCUUUGACGGCUCGCAAACACAAGUAUCUUUCAUUGCACUGAGUUGCAAUUGCUACUGAAUAGAACUUGUUCAACAUGUGGAACGAGUACCCCGGGAACUCAGGCGGAUAUCGACCUCCCCCAGGACCACCGCCGCCUGGUGGCGUUCCGCGGUUCCCUGAAGCUCCUGGAUUCUCGCCUCCAGGUUUCCCGGCGCCUGGCGGAGGAGCGCCAGCAAAUAGUCCUGGGUAUUCACCUGGGUGUGUGAACAUGUCGUAGUUUGCAUACGAUGUCUCAAACCCUUCAUUGAAAGGUAUGGUGGUUACGCCCCGCCUUUAGGGCCGCCUCCUGGCCCUCCAGAAGGCUCGACCUAUCCUGGUCAGCAUCAUCAUCACCAUCACCACCACCAACAGGAAUUCGCACCGCCUCCAGGACCUACUCCCACCGGUAAUUAUCCAAGUCCAGCAGGCCCUCCUGGAGGGUAUCCCACUCCGGCCGGUCCUCCUCCCGGCGGUGCGUAUCCAAGCCCUUCUGGCUUUCCUCCAAGUGGUAGGUUCAAUAGCCCGUCUGGUCCUCCUCCAGUCCCGCCAAGAAUGAGCCCUGCCGGCCCUCCACCCGGCGUUCCUCCGCGACCUGGUGCGAGGGGCCAGUUUGCGCCGCCGCCUGGGCCCCCGCCGAGGCCCCCGACUCAUCAACAGAAUUAUGGACCAACAAUGCAAGGUCCGGACCGCCAACAAAUGCAACCAUAUUUUCAAUAUUCGCAGUGCACCGGGAGAAAGAGAGCGCUUUGUAUUGGUAUCAACUACUUCGGACAAUCAGCCGAACUGAAGGGAUGCAUCAACGAUGCGCACAAUGUCAAGCGGUUCCUUUGCAGCCAAUUCGGUUACAAAUCGGAGGACAUUGUGAUGUUAACGGACGACGCACAGAACCCGAGGCAGAUUCCUACCAAGCAGAAUAUGAUCGAGGCUAUGCAAUGGCUUGUAAGAGACGCAAAGCCACACGACUCCUUAUUUUUCCAUUAUUCAGGGCACGGAGGACAGACCAAGGAUCUUGAUGGAGACGAAGCUGAUGGCUAUGAUGAAGUCAUCUAUCCCGUUGACUUCAAGCAAGCUAGCCAUAUUGUCGACGAUAUGCUACACGAUAUCAUGGUGAAGCCACUGCCUCCUGGUUGCCGUCUAACUGCAAUCUUCGAUUCCUGCCACUCUGGCUCUGUGCUGGACUUGCCGUACAUCUACUCCACUGAGGGCAAGAUCAAGGAACCCAAUCUGGCUGCUGAAGCCGGCCAGGGCUUAUUAUCGGCUGUCUCAUCGUAUGCACGAGGCGACAUGGGCAGUGCCUUUAGUUCCGUCUCAGGCCUCUUCAAGACAGCUACGGGAUCCGGACAGCGCGCGGAAAAGAUAGCCCGUGCUACCAAGACGAGCCCAGCGGACGUAAUCUCCUGGAGUGGCUGCAAAGAUUCCCAGACCAGUGCUGACACGUUUGAGGCCGGCACGGCGACUGGCGCUAUGAGCUUUGCUUUCAUCAGCGCACUAAGCCAGAACCCUCAGCAAAGUUACCAACAGCUUCUCAGUAAUCUUCGGGCUAUCUUGCGCGACAAAUACAGUCAAAAGCCCCAGCUGUCUGCUUCUCACCCGAUAGACACCAGUCUUCUCUUCAUCUGUUAGGUUGUAUCCGGAUCAUGGACGAUGUGUAUUUUAGCUGUGUGUAUGCCAACCUCGAAACUGCAGGCAUUUCUGGUACCGG